GCGCGCCGACUGGCGUCAUCACUACGCGCGGGCCGCCGCUGCGGGCUGUGAAGGCGAAAGAGGGGCUGUAGCACCAUGGCCAGCUCGGCUUCGUCUUCCGUGCGGGCACCGCGGCCCAAGAAGGAGCCGCAGCCGCUCAUCAUUCCCAAGAACGCGGCGGAGGAGCAGAGGCUCAAGCUGGAGCGGCUCAUGAAGAACCCGGACAAAACGGUGCCCAUCCCAGAGAAAAUCAACGAGUGGGCUCCCAGGCCGCCUCCCGAAUUUGUCCGGGAUGUUAUGGGUUCGAGCGCGGGGGCCGGCAGCGGAGAAUUUCACGUCUACCGGCAUCUUCGACGCAGGGAGUAUCAGAGACAGGACUUCAUGGACGCCAUGGCUGAGAAGCAAAAAAUGGAUGCUGAGUUCCAGGAGAGACUGCAGAGGAACAGAGUGACGGCAGAGGAGCAAACUGCGAAACGGAGGAAGAAGCGCCAGAAGUUUAAAGAGAAGAAGUUGCUGGCCAAGAAGGCGAAGCAGGAGCAGCAGAAGCUGAAAGAAGGCUCUGACCAUUCUCAGGAGCAUCUGUCCAGUGACAGCGAAGAAGAGGAGGAAGAAGAGGAGCAGCCCAGCUUUGUGGUGGGGAGAUAGCGAUGGUGGAGCUGGUUGCGGGGGGGCGGAUGUGCGUGCCAUGAUCCGGAGCCUAAGAAAUCUGGAGCAGCCUUGGGUACAAAGGGCCGAGCGUCGUGUCCUGAGGUCACGGGGCUUGGAAGAAGCACAUCUCACGGAACUUCAUUCCAAAAUGGCCCUCGCGUGGCCACGCAGUCUGACCAAGCACGCACUGGACUAGUGUUUCUCACUCAACUAAGAGGGUUGCUUACAAACGUGGGGCCUCCCUGACCCCGGGGCGGCUACAUGGAACAAUGUUAACUGGCUCCCAGCUGUGGGGCAGGUUUCCAGGCAUCUUAACAGUGGACUUGGAAGUCACUUUGUCUUCUCUGGAGAAGCUUUCAUUUGAUAAAGGGCAGAAAGGCCGGGGGCUUUGUUGGGACAUAAUAAACAGAAGAAGACAAAAGUA